UGCCUGCUCAUGGUAUCGAGAUCAUUGAGAGGGUCAAUGCGUUGGAACGACACCCGAUGAAGCCCGGGAUACAAGCGAUUAUCUGAGUUCGAAUGGGAUGAUGUAUAUAAUAAGCAAUACAUCUGAUGAAAAAUCCCAGUGUUGUCCCGCAGUUCUAAGACAAAUUUAUCCAGGUGAACACGAUUUCUUCGUGUCGGCUUUGGGUGUCCUACCAUGACCAUGAGGCCCGCAAAGAUCUUGACUGCUGCCCUGGCGGUCAUCAAAUUAGUCUCUGCCUCGCCUUAUCGUUCUACUUCAGCUGUAGACGAAGAUGCACUUCUCGCCGAGCUUGACUUUCCCACGCCGCAACAGAUCAUCAACCAAGGACAAAACAUACUCUUCCCUCUGAUUCCAACCGAUGGUCAUGGUCGCAAGGAGUCGCUUGCUUUAUCACAUCAAGGCGAGCUGUAUUAUUCUGCAGGACAAGGUGCAGGCAAAGCACCCUCAGGGACUGCCGCGAGGCUCAAGCUUCAAUUCACAGUUCCAACCUUGAUUCUUGAUCACGCUUUGGAGAGCUACCAAUCAGUCACAUGUGAUGGAGGCUCCAUGUCGGUGAAUUUCCACUCGCAUGAAUAUUUCGAGUUCGUCCGCGAGGAAUGGGCGCAGCAUCAUGAGAUGGUCGUCAUAACAUCGGACGACGGCUGUGCCUCGUACUCCGAUGGGAGUCAUCACACCUAUUUCCGCGCCUAUGGCUUGGUGUUUGACGAAACAACCCUCGGCCUCACAUUGAGAGGUGAUCACAUGGAGCUGGAGGAUAUCAUGGAAGACGCACUCCUCGAAUUUGGCGAAGUCACGCACCUACCUCUCCAGCAUCGUGCGAUCAAGGCUAGAGCGCAAACAUACACUACUACUCGAAGUUCGUCUAGCACUCCAAAGACGACGUCCACCACCAUCACGACCAAAACUUCCCCAUCCUCAAGUGUCAAGACAAUCUCUACAUCCGUGAUGACGUCCUCCUAUAUGUCCAAAUCAUCUUCGAGUACUCCUUUGACAACCAUUCCUGCUACGUCCAAGACCUCCACAGUGGCAUCAGCUUUGACAACGGUGACCUCUCCCACGAACUCGACAACUGGUGUUGUGGCGUCUGUGAACUCAACGACUUCGACAGCCUCAGCUACACAGUGUGGCCCAUUGACCACAUCGACUCUUAGUGGAAUGCCGGCAGCCACCUGCGGACCCACCUUUGAUCAGAUUCUGGACGACGCUUUGGGAUACUACAGCUUCGACGAUGACAACUUUGCUGAUACCUGGGCAGUCAUAGCCCCUGGCGCGAGCUUGGAUCCAUUCUACAAUCCUGGAGACUUGACUUCACCUCCGCUGAACAAGCGCAAAAUUAAAUUUACCGGCCAUUUUACGCUUGCUGCCGCUGUCAAAUCUCUUGCCAAAUCUGUCGUCAGCAGGGUGCAGAAUGCAGUAUCUUCCGCAGCCAAGAUCGUCGCCUCGCUCCCCGGAAAGAUCGUCAGUGCUGCCAAGAGCAUUGCCAAAUUUGUUGUUGCCCUCAUUGAGGGCCAUCCGAGUGUUAGCUUGACAAUUCCCAUGAGCUGGACAUGGGGUGGCCGAGAAAGCUCACCUUGGGGACCUUCCAAGCUCAUUCAUGUCUGGAAAGGCAGAGAAAAAGUAGCCGCCUCCAAGAAACCAGUGAAUCUGCUGCCCGGCGAUUACGACGACAUAUCACACAUUGCCGUUUAUUGUGUAAAGUGUGGUUUCAAUGGGAGAUUCAAGACCACAGGUUCGAUAGGAUUCAACCGCAAUGGCAUCUACAGUGCCACUCUUGACCAGAAUGGCGAUCUCGACUUAAAUCUAGGAAUCGGAAUCGACGCUCUGGCCGUAAAGAUCUUUGAACUUGGAAAGAAGACUCUAUACACUACUCCAUUACCAGGACUCGGCAUUCCGAAGAUCCUCGCCCUUGGGCCCAUCCUAGUCGUUCAGGCCGGAGCCUCGCUGGAGACAAAGGCGAUGGGUCAAUUACUCUUCCAGGGCAAUGUCUCCUUCCGAAAUGCGCAGACUCACACGGAUUACCUUGACCGGAGCAAAAGCUUCAGCAAGAAUUGGAAGCCCACAGUUGGCGGUGGCAUCGAUGUGCAUGGUGCCGUAUCUGCUGGUAUAGUCUUUGAAUUGCCUAUCGGCGUUGCUUUUGGACUCGACGUCCUCAAUGGGAAAUUCUCAAAGAAGGCAGUCUCCAUUGUGGACACCACUUCCUUGGAAAUUGAAGCCAAGUUGCAGUUCGCUGCCAGCGCAAGUGGUACAUCGAACUCUUCAAGUGGUACUUCUAGUGGCACGUCUGAUGCCUCUUUCAACAAAGAUCUUUGUCGUGGCGUUGCAUGGAAUGUGUCGUUACACAACAAAUUGAGCAUCGAUGUAAUCGAGAAGAAGAAUACAUUCAAGCUCUUCGAGGUCGAGCUACCUGUCGCUGGCGGCUGCGUCAGUAUGGAGAGGAACACCCCGACAGGUCCUUCCAACCCGUCUGCGAGUCCGCAGAAGACUGCUCCCGACUCCUGUACUCCUGUCUCGGGCAAUUUAUUGCAGAAUGGCAAUUUCGACAGCAACUCGCUUGCGCCGUGGUAUCUAAAUGCAGCUAGUCCACAAGACACGUUCGAUGUGUCGAGUGGAGCUAUCGCUGCGCAUCAAACGCGAUACAGCGAUUACUCCAACCCCUACAGCUCAAUGUGGUUCCGGCAAGAUGGCUUGAGAUUCUGCCCGGGCCAAACGUACACGUUCUCCUUCGAUUACAUGUUCGAUCAGAAUCAAGGAGAUGUAUACAUAUAUGGAACUUUGUACUACACAGAUGGGACUGCGAAUCAAGGCAUCUUCGGCACACGCGAUCUCUCCGACUACGAUGCUAUCGGCACAUGGAAACACUACACCGGGGUCUUCUCUGCGACGGGCACAUUGGCCACCUUUGAGAUUGGAGCUGUUGCAUGCAACUAUGAACAGGACAUCACAUUCUAUGAUAACUUCAGCAUCGUCGCUGGUGGGACACUCUCUACGCGCGCGAUCGAGACCCGUCAAGAGGACAACAAUGUGCAGCUCGAUCAGACGGUCGGUGGAGUCAAUGAGGACGAUGCGAACACACCCAACCCAGACAACUUGGACUAUUACAAUGCCGAUGGCUCGGUACGCGCUCCACCCGAUGACAGUGAUCUCGAUCUACUCGUGCAGCAAUUUCUCGCCAAUCAGACUGCUCGCGACGAUGCCGAGGACAAAGGUGCCGCUCUACAGUCGUACAUCGACACGUACCCACCCGUCGGUCCAUCCGGUAAUAACUCCAACUACUCGCCACCACUCCCAGACGAAGACGGUAACAUUUACCAAACAUUGCCUCUCAAUGACCGCUCCGGCCAGCUUUCCGCCGGCACUGAUGGCAACAUCUACUUCGAGCCCGUUGACCUCGGCAGUCCGUCAGGUCUGUGGAUGGCCAACAGCGGUGUCUGGGGUAGCGACUUUUCUGGCCGCUUUCUGCACGUCUAUACGCCAGAGAUUAAUAACCUCAACGCCUCACGCAUCCGCCUCGGCGACCAAUAUUCUUUCCCCAGGACUGCCCUGGUUGUUGGACUGGCAGGUGUCAAGGUUGGCUCGUCCAACUUGGUCGUCGCUCUGGAUACGAAUGGCGCAAUCUACUAUCUCGUCGCAUGCAACUAUGUCGACACAUCGCUGGGCUCCAAGCUGUUUGUUGUUUCCGACCAAGGUACAGGACUCGCGAAUCUUGUCUCGCCUCUGGGAAGUUGGACAGUCACGGGUGGUAUCGUCUCGAACUGUGCACUCAUUGGUGUCAAUCCGCCGACGAUCAUCGCAUCUAUCUCACCUUGAUCGCGAUGUUUCCUUUUAAUAUUAGGCGAUGAUCGAGAACAUCUGACUUGGACGCAAUUGAGCCUUGCAGAUGACGGCGGGGCCAGCUUGUUGUAUCUGUUGGAAGGGGGGUUUCGAGUCUGUAAGAAUGCACGAUGAUCACAUGGAAGUCGGCAAACGAGGGUGUAAUAAAGUAUUACAUUCGGUGCAUGAGAUGUGUUUUCCCUCUGGUUCAAUGUGUUGGCAGUCGCCACCAAAGCUGACGC